AUGGAGGACAACAACGGUCCCAAGCGGGCGCGCAGUGAGGCGAUGGAGGAUACUUCCAGCAGGUCGACGACACCCCUGCAAGUGGAUCAGUCUACAACGCCCGAGGCGACCCCGGCACGUGACCCGUUGCUGGAGGAGCAGAUGGACCAACUCGGUGUGGAUGAGGACUUUAAGGCAUCUUUGCGUUGCAUGUCGCCGAAUACGCGAAGGGAUGUGAUGAACGAUAUUAUAAGGGGCCAGCAGCAGGAGCGGACCACGAUGGCGACCCCGUUUGGAUUGUUUUCUAUCCUGGGUGAAACCUCCAUUUUACCGCUUUUCAGUGGCGUAGAUGUGCGUCUCUCCGUAGAGGAGGAUUCGGAGGAUGAGCAGAGGGGAUCGGAUGGCUCGAGGGCGCACUCCUCGUCGCGGCGAAUGUCCCCAAGCAGUGGGGCCGAUGAUAGGUCUGAAAACUCGAGAAUGGAGACACCGGCGUUGCGAGAACAGGUUUUGCGCUCUCAGAUGCUUUACUUACUUCACAUCAUGCGCGGCUCUCACAUCGCUAACACCAUUUCUGAGGCCAUUGCGCAGCGGUCGCUGGGGAUCACGCAGGAUAUUGAUGACAUGUCGUAUGAGCAGCUUUUGGAACUUCAGGAGCGGAUUGGGUUUGUCAGCAAGGGUAUUACCAGGGAGCAGAUGCAGCAGUGCAUGCAAGAUGUGCCGUGGCCGAAGGAAGGCAGCUGUGUGGUGUGCCAGUCCGAAUGGCAAGAUGGCACAGAAGGCAACGAGCGGAGUGUAGAGCUGAAGGUGUGCCAUCACAUUUUCCACCAACGCUGCAUUGAGCAGUGGCUGGGGUCCAACAAGACAUGCCCGGUGUGCAAGAAGGACGUUGUGUGA